UGCGUCGCCGUCGUUCACACCUUUCCAGGUUUGCGUUAUUUGCCGAGUGACUCAUACAUUGCGGUCACGCCAUUGUAAGGAGUGUCGUCGUUGUGUCGACCGUCUCGAUCAUCAUUGUCCGUGGAUAGACAACUGCGUUGGGAUUCGGAACCAGCGAAGUUUCUACCUCUUUCUCCUGGUGCUAUCAGUAGGAUUGACAAUCGCAUACUAUCUAGUAUUCCGUUUUAUAUCCACC